CAUUGAGUUUUUCAAUUGAUUUUAGUUAAAUUUAUAUGAACCCUACAUUGUGAUAAUUCUUUUAUGCUAUGAGAAAUGAGAAGAGUAUGAAUGUUUAUUUGUUGUUUUGGAUGUGUUGAUUCAGAGAUAUACCAAUAAGAGAAGGAAAAAUGAGUCGAGCUAAUGCAGCUGGUGCCAAGGGAAAGAAGAAAGGUGCCACCUUCACCAUUGACUGUGCUAAUCCAGUUGAAGACAAGAUCAUGGACAUUGCCUCCCUUGAGAAGUUUCUUCAAGAGAGGAUCAAGGUCGGUGGCAAAGCCGGCGCACUUGGUGAUUCUGUCACCGUUACCAGGGAGAAAUCCAAGAUCACUGUUACCUCUGACAGCAAUUUCUCCAAAAGGUAUUUGAAGUACCUGACAAAGAAGUAUUUGAAAAAGCAUUAUGUCAAUAGCUUGAAUUUGAAUAUAAACUGAGUUGUAUUCUUCUGUAGAAGGAAAAAUUUAGAUGCAGAUACAUGGAAGUGAAAAUAGCAGGACUUUCAAAGUUAUGGAUACAUCAACAUACAAAUAUAUAAAAAAAGGAUUUUUAUUUUAUUUUAUGUGAAAAUUC